UCCUUUCUGUGAGUGUGAGCCCAGCAGAGUCCAGGAGCACUGUUGCAGGGAGCCAGCCUGUGCCUGACACAUGUGUUUCCCAUUGAUAGCUGGAGACAGCCCAGUAGCUGUGAGUCGGCCUGACAAAGCCAGAUUGAAGUACAGACAGAGUACGGUUUCAAAGCAGUCAGAAAAAGAACGAGAAUGCUGUUCAGGAAAUUCUUCAGGCAUGGGCAGGGACUUGGCCGCUGUUCUGCAGUUGGAAAAUCUGACUGGGGCCGCUUGUGAAGACAGGCAGGGCCUGCUCACACUCAGCGGGCUGAGUGACCGCCUCCUUCCCAGCAGCUCGGUCUCCACACACCCCCGGAACCGGGACAAGGGCGAUUUCCAUCGGCAGCUUUGUCAAACAGACAAGAGAGAUGCCUCAGGAACAGUACACACACCACCGGAGCACCAUGCCAAGCUCUGAGGGGCCACAGGUCUACAAAGUGGGGAUUUACGGCUGGCGGAAAAGGUGCCUGUAUUUCUUUGUCCUGCUCCUCAUGAUUUUGAUACUGGUGAACUUGGCCAUGACCAUCUGGAUUCUCAAAGUCAUGAACUUCACAAUCGAUGGAAUGGGAAAUUUGAGAAUCACAGAAAAAGGUCUAAAGCUAGAAGGAGACUCAGAAUUCUUACAACCUCUCUACGCCAAAGAAAUCCAGUCCCGACCAGGUAAUGCCCUGUACUUCAAAUCUGCCAGAAAUGUGACAGUGAACAUUCUCAAUGAUCAGACUAAAGUGCUAACUCAGCUGAUAACAGGUCCAAAAGCUGUAGAAGCUUACGGCAAAAAAUUUGAAGUAAAAACCGUUUCUGGGAAAUUGCUCUUCUCUGCAGAUGACAAUGAGGUGGUAGUAGGAGCUGAGAGAUUAAGAGUCUUAGGAGCUGAGGGCACAGUCUUCCCUAAAUCCAUAGAAACACCUAACGUCAGGGCAGACCCCUUCAAGGAACUAAGGUUGGAGUCUCCAACCCGUUCUCUGGUGAUGGAGGCCCCAAAAGGAGUAGAAAUAAAUGCAGAAGCCGGCAAUAUGGAAGCCACCUGCAGAACUGAGCUGAGGCUGGAGUCCAAAGAUGGAGAGAUUAGGUUAGACGCUGCGAAAAUCAAACUACCUAGACUGCCUCAUGGAUCCUACACGCCCACAGGAACGAGGCAGAAGGUCUUCGAGAUCUGCGUCUGCGCCAAUGGGAGAUUAUUCCUGUCCCAGGCGGGAACUGGUUCCACUUGUCAGAUAAACACAAGCGUCUGCCUUUGAAAGACUAUCCACAGUGGACAUUGUCGGCAGCAUAAAGGCCUUUUUUUCUGGCUUUAGACACUGGCUGCCAGCUAUUUUUACUAGAACACAGAAAGCCUAUCAAAGACCUUGUGUGUGUGUGCGUAUGUGAGUGUGCAUACGUGUGUGUGUGUGUGUGUGCGCGCGUGCAUGGGUGAGUGGAUGUGUACACAAGACUGUUUGCCUGUGUGAGUGGAUAUAAAUAUAUAUAAAUAAAUAUAAAUAAAUAUAUAUAUCCUCUGUAUAAAAUGAGGUUUCAGUACAAAAGGAACCACGGGUGACCCUGUGAUAUCCACUGUCAUUUUCCAUCCCAUCCCCACAACCUCCAUGUCAGAAAAGAAAACACUCGUUCAGGCCCAACUUUCCCCAGACCAUUCAAAAAUCACAUACUGGACUGAACACUUGGUAAAUAUUCGUCACCAUGUUCAAGUGACAGCAUGUCAUCUUCUUUUGGGUCAUCAGAGGCAGUGAUGGCGGGAAUCGCCACGUCACACUCUAGUGCUGAGAUCCUUGUUGGAAACCUACACACUUUGGGCCGAGGCACAGCUCGGAGAUAGAGUGCUUACUUAACAAGUGCAAGGUCCUGGGUUCAAUCCCCAGCGCCAGCUCCCACCCAACCACCAAAAAUAAAAAUAGAGGUUUUAUUUCCCUUUCUUAGCUUUAGGAAGGCUGUCAGACUGACCCAGGGCCCCCUUCAAAUUAGAGAUGGGUCAGUGCCAUGAAGUCAGUGCAGGAAUUCAAAAUGCCUGUCCUACCCCUGCAGCCAAAUGUGUGGGGGAUUUUUGUCACUGCAUGAAUUUUAACAAAUUUUUUUGAACUGCUCACCCAACUUCAGCUUAUCUUACUGCCUUUAAACUCACAUAUUCUCCUACAGUCAAAAUUAGAGUUGUAAAUCAGCACAAAAUAGGAUAACAGCUGCUCCUCCGUCAGCUGGAAGGAACUCAGUGGCCUGACAGGCAAAGGAUAAAUGGGCGCUAUGUCUCUGUUUAAAGGAAAAGGGCUUCACACCUAUUAGGUUCUUACUUCUGACUUUCUCCAACAGAAUCUGAUCCAAAAUGAUUAGGUCAAUCAAAAUCCCAAAGAGUGGAGUCCCUACCCCAGGAGAUAUUGUUUUACGAUGGAAAUCUAAUUAAGAAUAGGAUAGGGAAUACAACUGCCAUUCAUGUAUUUUUGGGGGAUCUGGUAGGUAAUUUAGACACAUACUUCCUAUUUUUUAAAGGAAUGCACCAACUCUCUAGUUUUGAUCUUUUUUUUUUUUUUUUCUCCCUCCAGUACUGGGAUAUUCACAUUCCUAAAUCCACUAUUGUGUUUUCUCCAGGAAUCACAGCUUUAAAGCACUACAUGCUGCCUAAAUUGCUUACUGAAAGUUAAUGUAAGCUGUCGCACAUCUUUACCUGAAUCACACCGUGUGUCCUGGGACCCAGCAGCACACACUGCCCCAUAAAUGGAAGCAUCUCUGAUUCCCGCCAUCAGCUACCUCUCAUCUUUCCACCUUCAUUACCGGGCUCCAGGGUCACCCUGGCCAGCUCUUGUGCUGGGACAGGGGAUUACACCAUCUCUGUUCAAAGAGGGGGAAAUGUGCCUAUGCCUUAAGUCAAUGCACUCAGCAAGGAGAAGCACAUCCUAUUUAUCUUGUUACCUGUAGUUUAUUUUGGAUGAUUGGAGAGGAAUGGUUUAGUUAUGACUGGGCAUCAAAAGCUGGUACCAAACCAAGUGGUUAAGAGAUGUGGACUCUAAGGAGCCCAGAAUGCAGAUGUACCUGGCUUAGACCGUCCCGGAUGCCAUUGGCAAGCAGCGACCUCACAGUUCUAAAUGAAGCCGAAUGAAUAGGUGCGAAUGGUUUGUUUUUUUUUUUUUUUUCCUUCUUCUUCAACAAGGUUCUAAUUCUCCUUACUUCUCAAGCAAAGGAAAGUUUGUCAUAAAAGAUAAAGAGGAUUGAUAUUUUUGAGAUGACACUCAAGCAUCAGGCUGAGGUUUGAACACAUGGGAUGUAGAAGUGAAUUGUGUGUUGCUUGGGGUCUUGGAAGAGGGAGCGGGGCUGGCCCAGCCCUUGACUGGCUUCUCCCAGGCUCGCUCUCCUCAUUCUCACUCAGAGGUCAUGCUGAAGAAUUGGGUUGCUCAAUCUUAGGGAAAGGCCAUAGGAUUGCUUAGUUUGUGGCACUAAAGUCUAAAAAAGAAUAUCGUAAAAGACAUCAGGAUACUCUGGAUCAGGGUUACCAAUAGCCUGUUGGUUGGGUCAUGCUGCCAGAAUCUGCAUGUAUCACACCCCGGGCUUUUCCCAGCCAGGAAAGAUCCCUCACUGGCCAUUCAGAUCACCUACCCUGUAUCAUUCAGAUAAACAAUUGAGCUCACAAUAGACUGUGGCUAAAUAAUUUAGGACAGGUUUGUACUUUCAGCAGACAGACCAUCUCUGUGUUUUGCCAUCUCACAUACAUCAUCUAUGGAUGAUGAGAAAACAAAAGUUCCCUGAAUCUCUCUCUUUCUUCUGAUUUUGUUUUAAUUGUGGCAUAAAAGCUGAGGUGAGCACCUUGGUAGAUUUAUGCCAAUUAAAAAAAAAAAAAAAAAAAAAAAAAA